AUGGCUUCCGAGCAGCCGGUCACGCAGCCGCUGCGCAUCUCCAAAACACCAUCCUCGCCGGGCGUUCCACGCCCGCUCUCGGAGAUUCCAGCGACAGAGAAGAGGCGCAAUUCGCCAAGCUGGAACCAAUCAACCAAGAAAAUGGCCCUCAACACCGACUCCUCCCCAUUCCAGUCUUCGCCCCUAGACAGCACCACUUCACCACGCCUCUUCUGGCAGAGUCGUAAUGGACCUACCCAGAGUGAGAACGACCUGUAUGGUGGCCGGUCAGGGUCGCCAUCCCCAACGCGGCGCACAUCGAUCGAGCGCCUGCAGAAGGCCUCGCGCGUCAAGAAUAGCACCAUGUUUGCCCGCGAGCAGAAGCAGGAAUAUGACCCGACACGCGUGCCCACUCUCGAACGACCACUCGCCAAGGUCCAGGGCAAUGCUUAUGGCGGCACUGGCAUUGCUGGCUUCCGAGGCCACGCUCGCAGUGAGAGUCAGAACAGCAUCCCAACACUCUAUAGCCCAUCGCGGACCAUGACGAGCCCCAAGCCCAUUUUCUCACAGCCUGCGACUCCCAGCAGAGAGCAGGGCUCGCCAAUCAAGUCAUCCAUGUCGACAUCGCGUUUCAAGAGCAGCCACGACUCUCAGUUUGACGUGUCCUUCGACACCUCCUUCGACGAGCGCGAGCUUCCCCUGGGCAAGACUCUCAACCGCCACAUGAAGAGCGUCACCUUCGACAAUGCCCCACCUCAGAUCAAUGAGUAUGAGAUGGCUACGCCUGACAUUUCCUCCAUCAGCUCCAACUCUCGCGAGGGCAGCUAUGACACCGAGGAAGAUGACGAGGAGCACGCCUACGGCCUCUAUCAUCCUGAGGACGCCGACCUGCAUGAGGAUAGCUUUGACGCCACUCUAGAAGACACGGACAAGACCCCGGUGGUCGGCCCCGAUGACUGGCGUCAAGACAAUGAGCCUCACUACGAGAGCAGCCCCAUGCCUGAGGCUGCGCCUUCGCAACCUGCUGCUGCUCGCCCUCAGCAUGGACGAACUGACUCGUCUACUUCUUCCGGCGAACAUCGCCCCCUUCCUCCAUUGCCGGGAAUGGGUCACCAGAGGACACAGUCAAACUCCUCCAAUGGCUUGUCUGCCACAGCCGAUCGCAUGCUUGGAUCUCAACGAGGCCUGCCCUCACCGCCUCCAGCAGCGGCCAGCAAAUCUGAGAUCCAGAACAUCGGAAACGGCAAGAUGUCGUUGGAAGAGCGUCUGAAGCUCAUGAUGCUUUCCGACGAGACCAGCCCUAAGGCGUCUGAUCAGUCGGCAAAGUCUUUCGCAGAACAGCAGCGAGAGCGCCGCAUGAGACGAGCUGGGCCUCGCGAUAGAGUCGGAAGCCCCACACCUGAAGCUGAGGUCGCCGAGUCUGAAGCCGGUGAAGAAGAUGACACUGUGGGCGAUCUCUCAGCCCUGGAGAUGGACUACCAGCUUCCCAGCAUCUCUCGGCAGUCUAUUCUGAGCCGCGUCAAUGGCAACAAGGCCUUUGAGCGAGAGUCUGACUACACCUUCAACUCUUCCCCUGCCCCAUCAAGCCCUGAACGCCAGUUGCCCUACGACCCUGAUGUUCCCAUCGCUAGCAUCGAGGACUCAGUUCUUGAGGAUAUCACGGAGCAGAGUGAGUCUAGCGUCAUUCUUAAUGGUGCGGAUGAUAAAGAGAGCGAUGUCUUGGAUCUCUACCAGCGAUCCGAAGACGAACAGUCGGAGGCGGAGCAGGACGUUCAGGAUGAUGACACUGACAGUCAUUACUCAGAUGAGGCCCAAAAAGCACAGCUGGGAAGUCCCGAGGAUGACUCAGUCACUACACCUCGGGCAGCCUCACCAGUGCACCCGGAAGGCAUCAUAAACUUCAGUGCUACGCUACCCCAAGUGCAGAACGGUGUUAAAGACACGGAGUUCACCCGCAGCUUCCAGACUUACAUGCUUCCCAAGCCAAAGGACGGGGAUGCUACCACCCAUGUUGAGAGCCUUAAGAUGGCUGAAGCACAAGAGUACCUCCAGCGGCCUCAUACCCCAGAACAGCCACCACCUAGGGGCUUGUAUGAUGGCUCGGGAUGGGGCGAGCCUGAAGAUGAGGAAGAUAUGCCUGGUACUCCCGAAUCCGUCAUUCACCACCCGGUUUCUGACGAUGAAGAGGAAGUUGAAGAGGAGAUUGAAGAGGAGUCGUUUGUAGAAGAGGAGGAAGUGCUCGAGUCACCAGCCAUUCCCGAACGUGUCGCCACCAUCAAGGCCUCUGGAUCCAAGCUCAAGACACGGCCGUCCGCCACCCCAUCCGACCUUGAAACUAUGCGGGAAGCACGCCGGCAAGUCAGCCGUGAGAUCGCCCCUGCUAUCCCCACGAUCCCUGAGAGGCACCGAAACCGAAUCUCUCGUGAUUUCGACGCCGAAAAACUCGAAAGCGCUGUAGACCGCCGACCCAGCUUGAAGAACCGUAGCCUGACUUUGGAUCUUGACUUGGGUCUCAGCCUUGAUCAGGACUUUGAGAGGGUCAUCGAGGCGCAAAAGGUGGCAUUCCAACAACUCUCCUUUGAAAAACAGUUCCUGGCUGCAAGUGAAAGCCCUACAAGACAAGUGUCUGGAACUCAAGAAAUAGUCGUGGCGACUGACAAAACCCCCGGUCGCACCCCAAGUCGUCGACGAUCUCGCGAAGCACAUCUCAAUGCUAACAUUACUGCUCGUAAACAGCGCGGAUAUAUCAUGCGUCAGAACACCAAAGUUGUCACUGCCAACGACAAGCACUCUGACGAAAACAUGAGAGAUGGCAUUCGUUCUGCAGGCAACUCACCCGUGAAGCAGACAGGCCGGCCGCGGUCCUGGACCGUCGAACCAUGGAACGGUAAGCAGAGACAGCGCAGCAUUAGGGGCCGCCACGGACCCAGCAUGAGCGGUCCGGUUCCCCCUCUGCCUGGACAGGAGAGCAAUGCCGCUGCCCUCAACACUCUGGCUGAAGAGGAGCCGCAGCCUGAAGCAGCGACCGAGGAAGCCGGAGAAAGAGGAAGGCUCUUCGUCAAGGUCAUGGGCGUAAAGGACCUUGACCUCCCCAUCCCAAAGAACGAACGCACCUGGUUCAGCCUUACUCUCGAUAAUGGCGUGCACUGCGUUACCACUGCUUGGCUCGAAAUGGCGCGCAAUGCGCCAAUCGGUCAGGAAUUUGAACUCGUCGUGCCUAAUGAUCUCGAGUUCCAAUUGACCUUGAAUGUCAAACUUGAGCGUCCCGAGCCCCAGCGUCUCCCGGCUUCGCCAAGUAAGAUGACAAAGCCCAAGACAUCAACAUUCUCCCGUGUUUUUGCCAGUCCCAAGAAGCGGAAGGAGAUGGAGGCUCGCUUCAAGGCAGAGGAAGAGGCAUAUGCUCAAGCUCAACGGGACGCGGCAGCUAAGCAACGAAACGUCGCUCCCACAGCAUGGGAUCUCCUCUCCCCAUUGGCUGCCGAAGACGGCAGCUUCGCCCGAUCCUACGUUUGCCUUAAGGAGCACGAAUCACGAUGCUACGGCCGCCCGUACAUGGUUGAGAUUGCUGCGUUCAAUGAGUGGGCCACCGAGGAGGCUGGCUUUGCCAGCAGCGUCAAGAGCAAGCGCGCCGGAACUAGUACCUCGGUUGUUCGUAAGGCACCCUACAAGAUCGGCAAGCUCGAGAUGCAGCUCUUGUUCGUCCCCAGGCCAAAGGGCUCCUCGGAUGAUGACAUGCCGAAGAGCAUGAACUCGUGCAUCCGCGAGCUCAAGGCGGCCGAGGAGCGGCUGAGCCAGUGCUGGGAAGGUCAUCUCAGUCAGCAGGGUGGCGAUUGCCCAUACUGGCGUCGUCGCUAUUUCAAGCUCGUUGGUACGAAGCUUACUGCGUACCAUGAAGCAACUCGCCAGCCUCGUGCCACGAUCAACCUCUCUAAUGCCAAGAGGAUCAUUGAUGACCGGCGGCAGUUGACACAGCCAAACACCACUGGCCGAGAUGGCAAGCGCCGCCGCUCUGCUUUUGCAGAGGAAGAGGAAGGCUACAUGUUCGUUGAAGAGGGCUUCCGCAUCAGAUUCAACAACGGCGAAGUUAUCGACUUCUACGCCGACACUGCCGAAGAUAAGGAGGGCUGGAUGAAGGUCUUCCACGAGGUUGUCGGACGUGACGGUCAAGACGACGACGGCAGCGGUAGCACAAGGAAGAAGUGGUGCGAGCUCAUCCUUAAGCGGGAGGAGGCCAUGCGGAAGAAGGCGGAGGGCCGGCGCACGCAUUCGAGGACCAAGAGCAUGAUUAUCUAA